AGUAGCAGCCCGGAGACUGCAAGGCCUAUUUAUCAAUGUAGUUGAAAUGUGAUGAACACAAACCUUGCCAGAGGUUUGUGACUCACAGCCUUUUUGGAAAUGCCUUUACAGGGAGCUUCUCAGUCCAGUUUACCAGGGAGGGAAAGGUCACACACAGCAAGGACUCUGCAGUCUUGGCUGACAGUCGCCUGGUCCAGGAUGGAGAAUGGAGCGGUGCUGCAGAGCAAAGAGCAUCGGGCAGAGCUGGAUGGACAUACGUUAUCUUUGGAUGCAGGAGAAAUGGCCAGUUCUGAAGGUGACUCGGAAAGGAUGAUGGAUGAGAGAAGGCACAGCACUGAUAGCACAAUCAAGCAUUGUGCACUAAGACCCCAUGAGCAAGGAAGGAGGGAAAGCUCUGGGGGCAGAGAACCUGCCGUGCACUUUGAAGAUCACAGUGAGAGCGAUGAAGAUACAGAUCCCUCUGAAGACUUGCUGGCUACCUCACUGACGGAGCUGUCUGUGCUGCAAAGGCUGGGCCUGCAUAGGGUAGGAUUGACAGAGCAGGAUGUGGAGGCAGCUUUUGCACACUUGGCUCUGGCCUUCCGCUGCGACAUGUUCACACUGAGGCGGCGACUACAGGUGGAAGAACGGGCAAGGAACACAGCCGAGGAGAAUAUUCAGCAGGAGCUGGCAGAAUGCCAGGCAAUGUUGCCGAAGCUGGACCAGGCCUGUCUGGACCCCAGGCACAAGGAAUUGGUAGAACACUUGACGAGCAGUCUUACAGUCCUAGCAGCAGCAAUUGAACGGGCAACGGUUGCAGCGGAGAAAUUAGGAGCUGUCCAUCAGGAGGCCCGCAUGAGCCGGGCCACAGAGGUGAUGGUGCAGCAUAUAGAGAACCUGAAAAGGCACCACCUGAGAGAGCACACUGAGCUGAAGGAGAUGAAGAGGCUGAUUCAACAGAACUCUCGUAACCGGCAGCUGUCAGAAAACAGGGAUGAAGGUGACCAGAGACUGAAGCAACCUCCAGUACGAAUGUUCCAGCAGGGAUCAGCUCGUCGUCGAGUCAGCAUUGCAGUUAUUCCCAGACAGCUGAUGCAGUUUCAUAGCCCUGAAAGUGGGCAAAGCUUGGAGGAUGAAACCAUUAAGCCAAGAGCAGCAGAGGAGAGCCCAGACAGACAGUCCCACAGCUUCCAGGAAGACUCUGGUGACAAUUAUUUUGUCCUGCAUGCAGCAUCACCUAGCUUCUCACAGCAGAACCUGCUGGGGACAAACAGCACUGAGUGUGAUGUAGAUAGAAGCCGCCACACAGAAGGGAGGAAAUUAGAACUUCGGAGCAGAAGCAGCAUUGGCAAGACUGUAGAUGAAGAACCCAGUGAAGAAUUGGGCAACAAGGAGCUGAAUGAAGAAUGUGAGGAACAGAGAGGAAAGACACUCCUGUGCAAAGGAUCUAAAAUGGAGCUUUGCAGAGCCUGGUUCUCUAUGCCCACUUACUAUUGGGUUUUGUUGUGGCUGUUUUUUCUGGGGAUUGCUUGCCUCAUUCUGAUACGGAUCCUGGAGGUGCAAAAACAAUAUCCAUUUACAACCUCUGAUUCUUAGGCACAUAAGGAGAACAACUGUGCCAGAACU